CUACCAAUAUAGUGCUGCUAAGUAGAAUCCAGCUAAUUCCCUCGGACAGUUGGACAUCAUCCAUUCCCCACCCCCUCUCCUCUUUCUCACUCAUCAUAUAUACACGCUGCGGCAGGGUCCAUAUAUCUUUAACCACUAACUCCUUCACUCCUCUUCCUACCAUCACUCACAUUCUCACUUCAAAUGGAAUACGGCAGGCUCGGACCACCCGAACCUACCAGCGGUGGCUCCUCAACUCAUAGCCUAACCCCGGACCCCACCCGCGCCCCCAGAAAAUCCAGACUCAAGCUCCUCCUCGUCCUCGCCGCCACGCUCAUAGCAGCGUCCGCAGUCGCCGCCGCCCUCGUCGUCGUCGUCGUCCGCAACAGAGUUGACGAUUCCGGCGGCGCCUCCGCGAUGCAUGCUCGCCGCCCCUCCAAGGCCGUCUCCCAAGCCUGCGGCAAGACUCGGUACCCGAAUCUCUGCGUCAACUCGCUUCUCGACUUCCCCGGCGCCGACUCCGCCUCCGCCAAGGAUCUCGUGCACAUUUCCGUCAACAUGACCCUCCGCAAAUUCGGCCGCGCGCUCUACUCCGCUGCCGAGAUCAGCAACCUCAACAUGUAUCCUCACGUCAGGUCAGCAUACGACGACUGCCUCGAGCUUCUGGAUGAUUCCGUUGAUCUCCUCUCGCGCUCGCUGACGACCGUCGCGCCCGGAAGAGGAGGCGGCGGCUCGACGCAGGACGUGCUGACGUGGCUCAGCGCGUCGCUGACGAACCAGGAUACCUGCACCGACGGCUUCGCCGAGCUGAACGGCUAUGUGAAGAAUCAAAUGAUGGAACGGUUGAAGGAUUUGUCCGAGCUCGUGAGUAACUGCCUCGCGAUAUACGCCGCCGCGGCGGGCGACGAGGAUUUCUCCGGCAUUCCGAUACAGAACCGGCGGCGGCGGCUCCUCGGCAAUGAGAAGGCGCACAGGCAUUUUCCGGCGUGGUUGUCGCGGCGGGACAGGAAGCUUCUGGACUUGCCGGUGACGGCGAUUAAUGCCGAUAUAAUCGUGUCGCACGACGGCAACGGCACGUGCAAGACGAUCGCGGAGGCGAUCAAGAAGGUGCCGGAAUACAGUAAUCGGCGAAUUAUUAUCUACGUGAGGGCAGGAAAGUAUGAGGAGAGUAUAUUGAAGGUGGGGAGAAAAAAGACAAACAUUAUGUUCAUUGGGGACGGUAAGGGCAAGACGGUCAUUUCAGGUGGGAAGAGCAUCCAAGAUAAUAUGACAACAUUUCACACCGCGUCAUUUGCUGCAACCGGCGCCGGUUUCAUUGCAAGGGACAUAACAUUUGAGAACUGGGCCGGGCCAAGCAAGCACCAGGCCGUGGCCCUCCGGGUCGGGGCGGACCAUGCCGUCAUCUACCGGUGCAAUGUCAUCGGCUACCAAGACACACUGUAUGCGCACUCGCAGCGGCAGUUCUACCGGGAGUGCGACAUCUACGGCACCGUGGACUUCAUCUUCGGCAACGCGGCUGUGGUGUUCCAGAACUGCAGCAUCCACGCCCGGAAGCCAAUGCCGUUCCAGAAGAACACCAUCACGGCUCAAAACCGCAAGGACCCUAAUCAGAACACGGGCAUCUCGAUCCACGCCUGCCGGAUAGUGGCGGAGGCGGACUUGCAGGCAGCGAAGGGGGCGUACCCGACAUACCUAGGGCGGCCGUGGAAGCUCUACUCUCGGACGGUGUACUUGCAGUCCUACUUGGGCGACCACAUCCACCCGAGGGGGUGGUUGGAGUGGAACGCAACGUUCGCACUCGACACAUUGUACUAUGGGGAGUACAUGAACUACGGCCCCGGCGGGGCGAUCGGGCAGCGUGUGGCGUGGCCGGGGUAUCGUGUGAUCACGGCCGUGGAGGAGGCGAGCAAGUUCACGGUGGCGCAGUUCAUCUACGGGUCGUCGUGGCUGCCCUCCACCGGGGUGGCGUUCUUGGCUGGCCUAUCGACUUGAAUAAAUAAUAAUCAUAAUAUUCAUAGAAAUUUUAAGUGUUGUGUAGUGUACAAGGAAAAUAUUUGCCUUGAAAAUAGGCUCUGAUGAUUUCUUGAUAUGGUAUAUAGUAAUCUUAUUUUU